CUCUGCUGUGGGCCUCAGGUGCUUCCUAAGAGUGGACAACCAGCCUCUCAGUGGCUAGGGUGUGAGCAAGGAGGCCAGAGCCCACCAGUCACGGGAAGCAGUAGGUAUCAGCCAAUAGGAUCAGGAAGAUGGGGCAUGGCUCGAUCCCCCUCAGUACCUCUGCCCCAGUUGAUGCCACAGCUGGGCCCAGUCUUAUUCCAGACCUCAUUACCAAGAUUCCCUGGCCUCGCUGGACACUCUUUAUCGCCAUCCUUGCUGCUGGAGUCCUCUUAGUCUCCUGUCUGCUCUGUGUCAUCUGUUGCUGUUGCUACCGCCACCGCCACAGAAAGCAACCCAAGGAUAAAGAAGCUGUGGGCCUGGGCAGUGCUCGUAACAGCACCACUACUCACCUGGUUCAACCAGAUGUAGACUGCCUGGAGCCCUGCUCUGGAGGGGACCCACAAUGGGGACGGCUCCUGCUCUCACUGGAGUAUGAUUUUGGAAGCCAGGAGAUUAGAGUGGGCCUGAAGCAGGCUGGAAAUCUGAAGGCUGAGGGCACAGCAGACCCCUAUGCCUGUGUCAGUGUUUCCACCCAGGCUGGGAGAAGACAUGAGACAAAGGUACACCGUGGGACACUCUGUCCCAUGUUUGAAGAGACCUGCUGCUUUCUGGUCCCAUCAGCAGAGCUGCCCAACACCACUCUGAAGGUGCAGCUGUGGGACUUCAAGAGGUUUUCAGAACACGAGCCACUGGGGGAGCUUCAACUACCACUGGGCACAGUGGAUCUUCAACAUGUCCUGGAGAGCUGGUACCAGCUAGGUCCUCCGGGUAUGACUGAGCAUGAGCAGAUGGGGGAGCUGUGCUUCUCACUGCGCUAUGUGCCCAGCUCAGGCCGCCUGACUGUGGUUGUACUGGAGGCUCGGGGCCUGAAUCUGGGUCUUGCAGAGGCCUAUGUGAAGGUCCAGCUUAUGUUAAACCAGAGAAAGUGGAAGAAGAGCAAAACAUCCUCCAAGAAGGGCACAAAUACCCCCUACUUCAACGAGGCCUUUGUCUUCCUGGUUCCCGUUAGCCAGCUCCAGAGUGUGGAUCUGGUGCUGGCUGUCUGGGCCCGUGGCCUGCAGCUCCGGGCUGAGCCUGUGGGUAAAGUGUUUCUGGGUCCCCGGGCUUCAGGCCAACCCCUACAGCACUGGGCAGACAUGUUGGCCCAUGCUCGGCGGCCCAUUGCCCAGUGGCACCACCUGCGGUCUCCCAGGGAAGUGGAUCGUGCUCUGGACCUGCAGCCUCGCCUUCCCCUGCUUAGGCCUCGUUCCUGAAAGAACCGUAGGUCUCAGUUUUCCCAAAUGGAGAGCUGUGGAUAUUUGUGCAGGCUCUUCAGAUCUCUCUGUAAUAAAUGCAUCCUCUUUCACAC